AUGAGUUAUAAACACAUUCAACGACAGUUCCGAAGACUACCACUACCACCACCAAUUGUUAUCGAUGGAUCGCGUGUGUUGAAACGGGACUACAAAGCGGGAAAAUCAGCGGUUGCUGACUUGCUUGCCUUACCCCACUCCCAGAGCAUCCCAAAACUCUUGGACUAUAUCUACAAAUCCCAACCAGCGUGGUGGAACAAGUUUAUGAAAUGUUCAUACUACAACCUAAAAGACAAGUGGCCGAUUGUGCACCUAAUUGAUGAGCUAAAAGUGGACACAAAGGACUACCACAACCACCAGCAGUUUUCGUUGGUUGAAGGCACGCCCACUCGACCUACCCUCCCCCUAAUCAAAUCCUAUGCCAACCAAAAAGAUACCACCACCGCCAUGAUCAAGGAAGUGGAAAAGUUGUACAAAUUCAUUCUUUCAAAACGGGGGCUCUUCAAUGUGACCAACCACCCAAUGGAAGUCAUCUACACACCUUCCAAGCUCGGAAAAAUUCACCACCAGGUUGUACUAGACAAGGAAUUAAGAGAUAAAGUGAAAUUGAUUAAACGGGUAUUUAGAGAGAUUCAGCCAAUAGAUAAAAAGACACUAGACAAACUACGGGCCAUAGACUCACCUUCGCCGAUCCUCAAACAAUACUUGGCUAGACAGUUCUACUUAGAAGACGGAAACUACAUCCUAAAUAUUGAAUAG